UGAAAUAUUUGUUUUCUCUUACAUGUAGUGUUACAAACAAUUCAAAUGUUAUCACUAUAUGUGUGUGUGUGUAUAUAUAUAUAUAUACACGUGUAUAUAUAUAUAUGUGUGUGUGUGUAUAUAUAUGUGUGUGUAUCAUUGGAGGGUGCUGAAUCCCUUGCAUUUCUCCUUCUUUAGCACAUUGCUGAAAUUGUAAAGAUUUUGAACGUUAAUGUUAUGUGGGAAAGAUGCUGACUGAGACCUCAUAUGCUGAGCACAGGCCAACAUCCUGACCCACAUAAUCUCAUGUGGUCUCUACCCCAAUGCUGUGAGCAUGGUGGUCUCUGUACCCUUUUAACAAGGGUUCACACUGACAUGACCAUAAAGUGAACCUCCCACUUGAGGUCCCAGGUAUCUUUCCAAAUAAGAGGAUUUUGGUAAUCUGACUGGAAGCCAAGGAGACAGGCUUGCUUGACCACUGCAGAUAAGACGUGUGGGCAAUGGACACUAAUCCUGUGUUAAUUUGAAAAGGGCAUAGACACCCUAGUGUAUCUAACGAGGUGGGCUAAGUUUAGAGUACUGUGGAGCGUGUAAACCAGAAUUUAAGAGGAUCAAAAUAAAACUCUAAAUAUUUAUUGCCUUUUCUUUUCAAGGCCUAGUUAAACAUGAUACACAGUGGCUCCCUUCAAACUAUGGAAUACUCAAUACCAGUCAUGUUCUUUAGAGUCUUUUUUACCUAUUUGUGUUUUGAUUGUACAUAGGCACUUAUUUGCUGAUGAGAGCCAAUAAACUGUUUGAAAAUUGGAGAAUCUAGUUCAAAGGAUGGCAUGAAAAGGGGCUUUCUAAACCUGAUUAAAAUCCAAGCAUCCAUGAAGCUUUAGACUGAUUGGUUGGAUUCUGUCUCAUUGUAAACCUACUUUAGCCAAGGAAACCUAAGGAGUGGAGACAGGCAUUUGUAUAAUCAUCAGUAUAUACCCCUUUUACCUUUCAUAUUGAGCUCAAUGAAAAAGACUAGCCAGUUUUGUUAGAAUUGGGACAUCUAAUACUGGGCAGGAUACAUUUAGGUAGGAGCCUCUUGGAAAAGCUUUUGGCAACAUUGAUUCAAAAAUUGAAAGUUCAUGAGAAUUUUGGUUCAUUCUGUUGCUUCUCUGAAAAUGCAGUGGGGAAUUAUAUUCACAUAUAAAUGAGCAGAAGAGGGCAUCCAAGAGAGUAUCUUUCAUUCAGGAUUUGUAGAGUUGAGAGGUAGAAAGGGACCAGAAGGACCCUCUAGAGGUAAAUAAUGGGAUGUCCUGUUAUUCAGCUGUGGGAGGGAAUAUACAUGCCUGCCAUAGAAAGAAUGAGAUGGUGGUCCUCAUGGGUCUGAAUCCCUGGGAGAAGUGUGUCCUCUUUUGAGGGGAAACGAGCAGAAAGUUUCCUGAACGGCUGAAGUUUGAUGACUCUCCUUCAAUAUGAAACCAGAAAGAAAUAUCUGGGUGGAUACAUGUACACCUCUGUGUAAGUACACAUGUAGACUGAGGUAGAAACAGACAUUUUACUGUCCACCUACACAGUUGUUUGCUGUCAAGCAUGGGACAAUCUUUUGAGGAUGAAAAGGAUAACAUGAGAUUGUUACUUGCUUUUCUUCGGAGGCCAGUGGAGGCUCUGUAGAAUUUUGCUUGAUUUUCUCAAUUGAUUUGAAAGAUUUCUAAUAGCCUUCAGUCACAUGGGGCCUCUGGAGCAAUACAUCAAUGUGUAGAUCAAGAGGGGAAAAAACCGAAAAAGGAAAAAAAAAAAACAAAUGAAAACGUGAUUUGUCUGGAUUUGUCUGGAUUUGUCUCAGCCAGAACAAUGUAGGGGCAGCUGGGGAAUUGGGAGGUGGAUGCACCAGCAGAAUGCAUUUCCUUCUGAUUAUAUUGUCUUCAGACACUUUUACCUGGCCAGUGUGUUCCUUCAGUACACGAUGGAGAUUAUCCCCCCUUGCAUCUGCCACAGUCAUGAAAAGUGGAUUCUAGAGGUGUACCUGGUAUCAGGUGAGUCUUCAUCAUAUAGCAUGUGUCCAUUGCUCAGAAACAGGACCAAAGGCUUGUGCCUUCAUAUGAAAUGCUUCACGCUGAAACGCACAAAUUCUCACAAGCAUACAGAAAUCAUAUGUGUUUUUCAUUAAAAACCUUCUUAUGGGAAGCAUUGGGAAAAUGAGUAUAGGCCCAGAUACAAGGAUAGGUGUCUUUAGAAUACCAUGUAGUACCAUUUCUGACCAAUAUAUAAUAAUCCAUAUCUGAAAACUAUGAACAGUCACAUAACAUAAACCACAUUAACAGGAUUAUUGUAUUGCGAACUAGAGAUUUACCUUACUGGACCUCUCUUGGUGCCUGUGGACCAACUCUCUUUGUAUCAGACAACAUGAGACCUCAUGGUCAGGAUGUUUUUGGAGGAGAUGGCAGAUGUGGAGUGCUAAAGAAAUAACAGAUAAUUUUCAGAUCCACUGCUAGGGUGCCUAGAUGGGGAGUCAUUGCUUUUGUGUCCAAAGGCAGUCUGAGAAGAUAAUACAGAGACCAGGCAUUGCAGGAUGGAGCGCCAGCUUUUGAGACCUUUACCCCUUUACCCUAAAGUGGCCAAGAUGGUGAGCCACCUUGUGUUAGCCAGACUGAGCAUAAGUUGGAGUUUUUUCCUUGGGGAAGGGGGGAGGGAGAGGACGUGGGGUAGAGAGGCAUAUUGGCAUUUCUGGUGCAGUACUGCCACCAAGAGGAAAUACUUUGCAAAUCCCACCAACCACGUACCAUCACUUCCUGGGGGAGGAGUAACAAGGGUGAAGUAGGAAACAAGGAAGUGUGUCCCUAGGAGGUCAGGAGACCCACUAGGCCGGGGGGGUAAGUAUGACCCAAGACCAAAUUAGGUUGGGGAAGCUCCAGAGACUGGCACUGUGAUAAGGAUCAUGGUCUAGAAGACCGGUGGGUCUGGCACAGGAAACCAAGGCUUGGCACCCUAGUGGUGAAUAUGUCUGGACAGAAGUAGAGGAAACCCUCAGGAGCCGCAACCAGAAGGCUAUAGGCCUUUGGCAAUGUGCCCCUUCCUUUUGGAGCAAGAGCAGGUUUGGCCUAGACAGACCAGGGCCCUGAAAGCCUCUGUUGGGCUGAGUAAAGCCCAGCCAAACACUACUGUGGGGACUGGAGGGCUGCUACCAUUGGCAGUCCUAGAGACAGGGCAGUGACCUUCUUCUGUCCAGCUCAGAGAUGAGAUGUGGAGCCUGGCUACCUUGUGCUAAAGGGUGUGAUGCCCAGUGAAAUCAAGCAAGCAGAGUCUAGAAGGGACCAGCCCACACCAGGAAAAAGAAGCCAGGCUGAAGGAGCCCUUUGCCUGAGUUAAAAGAAUCUGAUCAGCAACUGUGGUGUCAUUUGCUAAAGUCUCUAGGAUCCAGGACUCACAGACCCAUCUUUUGGCUUAGCAGAGCAUUGCAGAUUCCCUAGCCAGUAAUUUGCAGUCUUUGGCACUCUUGGCCACCUUCCCCAAGAAUCCCUGAGACUCACUUCAGUGAUAAGAAGGAAUGGCUUUGGCUUCCAUUCGCUCUUGGAUCUCUAAGGUCUCAACCCCACUCUUGCCCCCAAAGCUGGGGAAUCAAGAGGUCUGAAGAUGGUGCUUAAAGUCACAGCUGUUGGGUUGAGAGACACUCGCCCUUCCCUCAUAUCCAUCGUAGAUCAUCGUUCCUUGAGGAACAAGGCACAUACUUUUAGCAUACAGCAAUUCAUUUUAGGCUUCAGCUGUUCUGAUAGCGACUUCUAGAAGAACCUCUGGGAUAGCUCAUGCUCUUUGCCUAUCUUUUACCUUCUGAGGAGGGUGUUCUGGGAGCAAGUUUCCAGGCUCAGCUCUUCCCAACACACAUACUCCUUGAUUUCACCCCUCCUGGAAGGGUGUUGGGAAAUCCACUCUCUGCCCCUUCAUUUUAUACCUGUGGACUUACGUAGGCGUAGCCUUUUGGGGUUGAACUUUUUCCUGAGCUCCCAGGGCCAGGUCCUGACCACAUGGUCUGAUUGUUCCCCGGACCAAGGUGGUCUCGGUGUAUCCCUCUGGCCACCUACAGAACAUGGACCCUGUACAGGAAAUCCCAGGAGAGUCCCCAAACAAGAGGACCCAGGCCAUAUACUCAUACACUGAGAGGAAAGUUGAAGAAUUGGGUGCUUCUGAGCUGUGACGUUCCCAAGCAGUAGUGCAGAAAACAGACCUGGGUUCUUUGGGGUCUGCCGCAGAAACGAGAUGAUGAAGGAGACGUCAUUGUUUGGAAAGCAUUGCAAUAAGAGCUGCUGUGGCUUGAAGGCCUGCCACCUUCAGAAGUCUCCCUGUGCAAAAUGUAGCUAUCCUGCCAAGCACAAGAGAAAGUAUAACUGCAGUGCCAAGGCUAAAAGAAGAAACACCACUGGGACCGGUCGAAUGAGGGACUUAAAAAUUGUAUACCGCAGAUUAAGACUUGGAUUCCAUGAAGGAGCAAUACCUAAGCCCGAGAGGGUAGCUGUUGCAGCAUCCAGUUCAUCUUAAGGAUUUCAGCGAUUAGUCUCACAAUAAACAUUCUGUUUUUCUUUUUGUUUUUAAAAACAACAACAACAAAAACAACAAAGAAACCAGAUCUGGGUCCCUUCAUUCUGGAGGAGGAUGUCCAUCUCAGUAUAUUGAUCCCAUCCUGUUUCAUUCUCUAUCUACACCCUCUGUUGGAUGAAAUAAGUAGGGCUUUCUGGGAUACUUUGGGGCUUGAAACCCAGAUUCUCUUUAUAGAGGGAGCAAAGUAAACAAAACACAUUUCUAACUCAAACCUGCAGUUUACCUGCAUUACUCUUUGGGUCUAGUACCAAAUAAUCAGGAAAAUUUCCAUCCUGUCUGCAAGAUGCUUGCCCCCACCAAGGGGUGGCACCUGAGCUUGGGAGCCUCUGGUUCUGGGUUCCUCAUGGCUCUGAGACCCCAGGGACCUUGCCAGCUGAGCAUGUCAUGAACCAAGGGGAAGGAUCUAUAGGCCAGAUGUCCUGGAAUGGAGCUUUGCUCCCGGUUCCGUAAUAUGGCCGCUGGAGGCCAGCAUCCU